AUGCAUCUCUUCAAUACCUACCCUCUAAUCGCAUUGGCCCUCGCGGCGGGAACUGCCAGCGCACACGCAUCGGAGGAGCUGAAGAAUGCUGCUGAGAGCACAGCUAUAGAGUCCCACGUUGCUACCUCAGCAACCGCAGACCAGGCUACCACGACUGCUGCUCUAAAAGAGGUCACGUCUGCCGGUGGAGGUGAGCCUCAUGAGACAUCCUCCGCUGUCACCUCUGCUCCGUCAGAGGAGGUGACAACUUAUGUCUCUGAAUUCCACACUACCUGGGUGACUACGACCACCACUGUCUGUGAUCGAACCACCUGCCACGAAAAGCACCAUUCGAGUACGGUGGUUGUGCCGAGUCCUCAAUCUAGCACUACCACCACCACCGAACCCAGCGUUAUACCUACAACUCAACCCACUGUUCAACCUACUACCCAGCCAAGUCGUCAACCUACAACUCAGCCUAGUAUUCAACCUACUACUACCCAGCCAAGUCGUCAACCGACUGCUCAGCCCAGCUCUCAGCCCAGCGUCAUUGCCGAGCACCACAGCGCUUCCGCUCCUUCCAGUAGCAACGCACCUAUCCCGUCAAGCGUCCAUCUCCCUGAAUCCAGUGCUCGUGUGUCCAGCCCCGCGGCAAGUGCCCCCAUCAUCUCAGCCAGCGCCCCCUCCGCAUCAAGCACGCCUCUAAUCCGCCCCACUCUAACCCCGGCGCCGUCAAAGACUACCCCAUCACCAACCCCAAGCUCUUCUGCGCACAAGACCAAGACUUCCGCUCAGCACAAACCCACCUCGACAAGCCCACAUGGGGACAACGGAGGCGAAGAUGGUGUUCACUCUGGACCCGAACCCACAGAAACCCCUGUUAACCCAGGUUCUAAGCUGAUUAUCCCCAGCCUUGCUAGUCUGGCUGGUGUUGCGUUUGGGUUGUUCUAUUUGGCUUAA